UAUUAAGACAUUACGUUAUCGGAAGUAGAAUGACGCAGCUAUUACAAAAUCAAACACAGUUUACAAUGACAAAUAACAUAUUGAAACGGACCAUGAUAAAUUUGUCAUUCACAAUUACUUGUUAUGAUUUUAUUUCAAUAUGAAAUUGAAACAUCAAGUUGUGUGAAACGACAGCACAGAUUUAGCGAAUGUCAUUCCGGAAGUUGAAGUAAACCACAUAAUUCUGUCGGGGAAAAUGACAACGAGAACCAGCCAACAUGAAAACGGUAGGAACAUACCUUUAACGCUGACAGCAAGAUAUGCUUCAACAUGGGGGUCAUGGGAAGGUGUCCGAGAACUGGUCCAGAACUGGCAUGAUGGGAUAUAUGAUUCUGUUAGCCAGAGAGGAAUUUCCUUGAUUUCUAAAUAUGAAAUUAACUUUUGUGAGGAAGGAAAUAAUCACAAGUUUAAAGCUUGUAUUGUGGAAUUGGACACAAGAGAAGAAAUUGUUCUUGGUCGAUUAAUUUACAAUCAAUUUGAGAACAAAUUAAUCCUUAUCAACAGCUGUACUGAGCUCCAUAAGAAAAUCUUACUGCUAGGAUACAGUGGCAAGUCAGCAAGUAAAGAAAUCAUUGGUCAAUUUGGGGAGGGGUUAAAGGUCGGUGCACUAGCAUUGGUCAGGAAUGGACACCUGGUUACCAUGGAAACAUGCAAGGACCGAUGGACAUUUGAUUUGAUACAUAAUGAAGAAUUUGGAGAAAAAGUCUUAACAGUUGUGGUAACAGAAAGGCUUACAUGUGAUGGACCUGAUUGUUUAGGAAAACAAAGUGAAACUGUCCUGCCGUCUGAUACCUGUACAACUAUCACUGGGAUUGAAGACUGGAAAACUUAUCUUCCCAGGUUUCUAUUCCUACAGCCGCCUGUUGAGAGUGUGAAAACUCAGCUUGGUAGCCUGUUGUUGGAUGAGAGUCUGUCGGGACAGCUGUAUGUAAAAGGAUUGUGGGUAUCAGAUCUCAGUAGCGAAGACUUGGCUGCAGGCGUCAAUUUCACCUCCUUACAGCUGGACCGUGAUAGAAAUGCUGUCCCUAAACCCAGCGAAAUUGAUCACAUGAUGAGUGGGAUCUGGCUCCGGGCUAUCGAGAGACGACCAGAACUGAUCAACAGAUACUUCCACCUGCUGAAAUCUGAACGAUACAGAGAUGUUCGUCAUGCAGCAGAAUACAUGACAGAUGAUCUAGCCAUGAAGAUUGCGUCAGAGUUCCUCAAUGAGUUUGGCGACCAUGCCUUCCCAAUGUUAAACAGCAGCUCAGCUGAACAAAUAACAUCUGUGAGUGAGGAACUCCACCUUACGACCAUCCUUUGUAACCAAACGAUGUAUGAGAUCCUGAUGAAGUCUGGGUCCUACAGGUCAUUGGAGGAUGCUUUGGAGGAAAACCGAGCAAAGCAGAGGAAACCAGUCGCGUUCUUCUCCCUGAACCAAACAGAAGUGUGUGUACUAGAGACAGCAGUAGAUCUAGCCAGGCUGGUCGAUCCAUCAGUCGACAUUUCUAUAUUUGACAUUAUAGAAACAAGUCUGACAGAGACAUGUUCUAAUGAUGGCACCAGAAUUUCCCUUCCUAGAUGGUACUUGGAUAAACAACUUGUCCACGAGAGGGGGUCUCUGUGUGGGAGGUCAUCAGUAAUCAUGGAAACGGGAGAGUGUAACUGCUGUGAGGUGGUGUUGUGUACAGCUGUGCUGGAUCUGAGGAAAAAGGAAUUGAUGUACACACCUUUAAUGUAUCUAGUACAGGAAUUGGUUACCAAGAGUUCGAGAGGAAAACCACUUGGCAACUGUCUAGAAAUCAAAGAUGGAGGUUCUAGCUUAAACAAUGAAGUAUUUAUUGCAAGAGAGACAAAAUUAAUGGAAAAAAUACAACAACUGGAGGACUCCUUAUCAAAGGAACAACAAACAGCGUUAGAUAAGUUAAUGAGUGUGAAGAAGAAGCUUAAGGAUGCUGAACAUCAUCUGACUCAGCGAGAAAUUUCCAUUAUUGAUGAGGAAACUCAUAUUCGUGAAAGUUAUAAAGCAGAAAUUGAUAAAUGGAAGAAAAAAACACAGGCAGAAGUUGAAGAACUUAAACAAUUGCUUGCAAAGAAAGAUGAAAUUAUCAUGAACCUGGAGGCAACUGUUGAUUUUAAACAAAGAGAGCUAUCCGUGAAACAAAAACAGUUGGAGGCCAGCGACGCAGCAGCUGAAAGGAAAGUUGGGUGUCUGGUGGACGAAUUGACUCAUUAUAUAACUCAGAAUCGUAACAGGACAAGAAGUCUUUCAAAAUUAUGUGCAGAACAAUACAAGAGUAAAGGAGAGGAUGAGAAGUCAAGAGAAAAGUGGCUGUUACUUCAGGAGCUGUGUGAUACCAUUCUACAGGAACUACAUGAAGAGAAGGUUCUGUGUACAGUGUGUAAACGUAGAAGGAAGGAGUGUAUCAUACAGCCCUGUGGCCAUUACUGUCUGUGUGACCAGUGUGCUCAGACCCUCAUGUCCAGUCAACAAGUCUGUCCGAUCUGCCGGUCUCGGAUGGAUGUCUGCCUCAAGGUCUACGAGACUUGAUAGAUUUUUAAAAAAACGUUGUUUAGACCAAGAGGUGAUCUAUCACACAAUUACUUCACAAGUUAAUACAUGGGACUGUGAUAUACUCUUGGAGAGAUUGGCCGUGUGUCCCUUGUGAUAUGACUACAGUAGUUUGACAUAACUAAGUUCGUAAAAUUCAAUUAUACUACAAAAAUUCACAGUUUUCAAAAAUUCUUAAUGAAUUUAUUAAAAGUCCAAAAGAUGUUGCUUUGAAGUUCCUUUUCAAUGCAUUUUCAUUUGCUUUAGUUGCAAUUGAUUAAUAGAAAUCAAAACUUUUUUACAACUUGAAAUUUUCCAAAUGCCAUUUCAAUGUUAUAUUGGUAAGAGUAUGAGGGAACAUGGUGUUCCAGAAAAAUUGGUUUAUUGUUAAUCUUUAUCUUUUCCAACAUACAAUAUUAGAUUAAUUGAAUAUUAUGGGAGGAAGUUCUAGAAAUUUCUUUUUUUAACAUUUCAUUAAAAUCCAUCCAUGAUUGAUGUACUGACAGAAAAAAGUUGCAAAUACAUAUAAUUUCCAGUAAAAUUCAACAUUGCAAGCUCAAUUAAGUCUCACUACUGUACCUGUUUUAUUUUUGUAAUUGUUGAUGUUAAAUGGUGUACACACCUAUAUAAUGGUUGAUGUUAAUGGUGUACACAUCUAUAUAAUGGUCGAUGUUAAUGGUGUACACACCUAUAUAAUGGUUAAUGUUAAAUGGUGUACACAUCUAUAUAAUGGUCGAUGUUAAAUGGUGUACACACCUAUAUAAUGGUCGAUGUUAAUGGUGUACACACCUAUAUAAUGGUCGAUGUUAAAUGGUGUACACACCUAUAUAAUGGUCGAUGUUAAAUGGUGUACACACCUAUAUAAUGGUCGAUGUUAAUGGUGUACACACCUAUAUAAUGGUCGAUGUUAAAUGGUGUACACACCUAUAUAAUGGUUGAUGUUAAAUGGUGUACACAUCUAUAUAAUGGUUCAUGUUAAAUGGUGUACACACCUAUAUAAUGGUCGAUGUUAAAUGGUGUACACACCUAUAUAAUGGUUGAUGUUAAAUGGUGUACACACCUAUAUAAUGGUCGAUGUUAAAUGGUGUACACACCUAUAUAAUGGUUGAUGUUAAUGGUGUACACAUCGUCGAUGUUAAAUGGUGUACACAUCUAUAUAAUGGUUGAUGUUAAAUGGUGUACACACCUAUAUAAUGGUUGAUGUUAAAUGGUAUACACCUAUAUAAUGGUUCAUGUUAAAUGAUGUACACAUCGUUGCUGUUAAAUGGUGUACACAUCGUUGAUUUUAAAUGGUGUACACACAACUGUGACAGUGACAAUAUACACCACUGUCCAGCACUUCCUUACCAUUUUGAGAGUUGUGAUGAAAGAGUUCAAUACUGUGAUAUAAAUACUCUACAGAUUAAAAUUUUACUACAUCAUUGGCAA